AUGUUACGACUCGAAACACCCAAGGAACAGGGUUUGCCGCGUCUCUGGAAGGAUCGCCCACAGGUCAGCAUGCUGGUCAAUCCUUACCGCGGCCCGCCAGGAGGGGUCGGUGCUGCCAAACCGCGACAGGAAGCUGCUUCUGUCUGGGUGGGUACAGGAGAACAGAACAGUGGAUCUCGAUGGCUGGAUGUGUACAAGAUUAUAGAUUACUAA